GCCACACUACAAAGUUCACAAGUACGUUUCCAAGUACGAUGCUUUGAAUUAGUGGAAACGGUGCAAAUACGACACAUCAACAAGACUCCUGAAAUGGCUUAGAUAAUCAUGUCAUUCAAUACAAUAUUGCUUUAAAGAAAAAGUAUAGAAAGGUAGGAACCCAAAGGAAAUUCAGUGCAUUAUGAAGUUAUCAAGUAUUCCUCUUUUGUUAGCUUCCGUUUUUGCUUGCAAAGCCGUUAGUGCAUACUCCGGCGAUUACGAUUCUCUUCUAAAUGACAUUGUCAAAAGCGAUUAUGAUUCACCGUCUGGUGGCGAAGGACAGGUAACGCUGUCUAGCCUGUCGGGCUUGUCCACCUUGUCGAGCCUGACAAAGCGCGAUGCUGAACCGUACUUCAAGGAGCUUGAUAUGUUUUCAUUCGAUAACUACGAGAAACUUACUAAGGUUAAAAGUAUGCUCGCACACGCGCAAUCCAAUGAAAUGUUGGGUGAUGCACUUUAUCUUUACAACUUCAUGGAUCGGAACGGCCAUUCAAAAAGCAUCACGCUAAAUGACUCAUCCGAGUUUGUUACUGAGACGUGUAAAUUACUUUCCUCCUAUGGUUUGAAUAGCACCGAUAUUCUUGUUUCUACAGCGUCAAGUCCGUUCCUCGUCGAUUUUUACAAGAAUUUCGAUAUAUCUGUUUGUGACGCUAAACAUCAGAUGAAACGGGAAAGCGUAGAGUGCAACCACAAUCACGCUACUAGUAAUGGGGCCUGUACAUAUUUGAAGGACAGUCUCAAGUAUCAUGAGCGCUUCGCCGGUGCUCCCAGAAGUUGGUGUAUCAGUACUUGUUGUAUGUCAUGGAACAAGUACAUUGCAUUUGAUUAUGUGUGGGCGGAAACCAGAGUUUCAACAUGCAUAAACAACUGUAUUCAAAAUUCGGGAAGUUGUGUCCUUAGAAAUACUGACCCUUCACUUGGUAGCGAUUUUAGCUUCUGCGUUAGCGAUCGAAGCAGCGGUUGCAGCUAGGAGAUGCUUAAGGCUGGACUUACUAAAAUCUUUAACUUAGUUUAUUCAAUAUAUGAAUUCGUAAACCGUGAAGAGAACGAGCCGUCUCUU